UAUUUUCUCCAGUGUACCUCAGGGUUGGGAUCGCUGGACAUUCUAAAGAGGAAAUCAAUGGGCAUAGAUUUACAAUUCUUCAACAACAGAUAACAAUAGCCUUCACAGUGUCCAUGGUGGUCGGACUGGUGAUUGGAGGGAUCAUCUGGGCAUUGUUCACUUGCUUGUCUCGUCGCAGAGCUAGCGCCCACAUUUCGCAGGGGAGUUCCUCAGCCUUCAGUCGUCGGUCCAGACCCUCCUCCCAUAGCCACACUACUGGCAGGACUGGAUUUUACCGCAAUAGCAGCUGCGAACGUCGGAGCAACCUCAGCCUGGCCAGCCUCACCUUCCAGCGGCAAACAUCCUUGGAGCAAGCUAACUCUUUCCCCAGGAAGUCAAGCUUCCGCGCAUCCACCUUCCACCCUUUCCUGCAGUGUCCUCCCCUCCCCGUGGAGACGAACAGUCAGCUGAUCACUCUCACGCCCACAAACACCACCACAACCCUGGUGGGAAGCACCACCAACAGCUUAAGUCGACCAGAAUUCCACUGGUCUAACAAUAGCCUCCGCAUCUGUCAUUCUACACAAACCCCCCCUCCCGCCUAUGAAACCAUCAUAAAAGCUUUCCCAGACUCCUGA